CGAUGUAGGCUUGAAUCUGGCAACUCUGCCUAGAAACGAUGGGGAGGAGCAGUGGCUAAUGGCUGACUGGGAAUUUUGGAUUAGCUAACGUCUGCCACUGCAGGUUCUGAUGAGCCCAUUUCUACUGCUGAGCUGUUCCUGAAGCUGCCUUUGGAAUACAGAGUAUACUGUGCCAAUCUGUGUGGGUUGGCAGCUGCUCCUCAUCAUGUCCAAGAGCAGGAGUUCUGAGUCGGUUAAGGUGGUGGUCCGUUGUCGCCCUAUGAAUGAAAAGGAAAGAGCAGCUAAAUUUGAAAGGGUGGUCUCUGUCGAUGUAAAACUGGGCCAAAUUAUUGUCAGGAAUCCCAGGGAAGCUUCCGCCAGUGAACUCCCCAAAGUCUUCACAUUUGAUUCAGUCUACGAUUGGAACUCCAAACAGAUAGAUCUGUAUGAUGAAACCUUCAGGCCCCUGGUGGAUUCAGUUCUUCUUGGGUUCAACGGGACCAUUUUUGCCUAUGGGCAGACGGGCACAGGGAAGACGUACACUAUGGAAGGGAUAAGAAAUGAUCUAGAGAGGAGAGGGGUGAUCCCUAACUCCUUUGAGCACAUCUUCACACACAUUUCACGUUCCCAGAAUCAGCAAUACCUGGUGAGAGCAUCAUAUCUAGAAAUUUACCAAGAGGAGAUCAGAGACUUGCUGUCAAAGGACCAAUUACAUCGUCUUGAGCUCAGGGAGAGGCCUGACACGGGUGUGUAUGUUAAAGACCUUUCAUCAUUUGUCACCAAGAGUGUGCGGGAGAUUGAGCAUGUCAUGAACGUGGGCAACCAGAAUCGUUCAGUGGGUGCCACCAACAUGAACGAACACAGCUCCCGAUCUCAUGCAAUAUUCGUCAUCACUGUUGAGUGCAGUGAAUUGGGCGUGGACGGGGAGAAUCAUAUUAGAGUUGGCAAACUGAACUUGGUGGAUUUAGCUGGAAGUGAAAGGCAGUCUAAGACUGGAGCUCAGGGGGAGAGGCUUAAAGAAGCCACAAAGAUCAAUUUGUCACUUUCUGCUCUGGGCAAUGUCAUAUCAGCUCUGGUGGACGGCAGGAGCAGCCACAUCCCUUACCGAGAUUCAAAACUCACCCGUCUUCUGCAGGACUCUCUCGGGGGCAAUGCCCGCACUGUCAUGGUUGCCAAUAUUGGCCCAGCAUCCUACAAUGUGGAGGAGACCUUGACAACACUGCGCUACUCCAACAGAGCCAAGAACAUCAAGAAUAAACCUCGUAUUAAUGAAGACCCCAAGGAUGCCCUGCUGAGGGAGUUUCAGGAGGAGAUUGCGAGGCUGAAGGCGCAGCUGCAAAAGCGCUCUGGAAAGAAGAAGAGGAGAAGGCACAGGAGGAGGGCUGGGGAAGAGAGCGAUGGUGAGGAUCUGGAUGAUGAAGAGACAGAGGAUGAUGAUGAAAAUGGAGACGAAAAAGGGGAUUACUGGCGAGAGCAGCAGGAGAAGCUGGAGAGAGAGAGAAAGGCUAUCAUGGAGGAUCACAGUCUGGUGGCUGAAGAGAAACUUCGGCUGCUUAAGGAGAAGGAGAACAAAAUGGAAGACUUGAAGAGGGAGAAGGAGGCAGCAGAAAUGCUUACAGCCAAAGUUAAGGCAAUGGAGAGUAAGCUCCUAGUAGGGGGGAAGAAUAUAGUGGAUCACACCAAUGAGCAACAGAGAAUGCUGGAGCAGAAGAGGCAGGAAAUUGCUGAGCAGAAACGGCGAGAGCGAGAAAUGCAACAGCAGAUGGAGAGUCGCGAUGAGGAGACUCUGGAGCUGAAGGAGACCUACAGUUCUCUGCAGCAGGAGGUCGACAUCAAAACCAAGAAGCUGAAAAAGCUGUUUGCCAAGCUGCAGGCAGUGAAGGCAGAAAUCCAUGACAUCCAGGAGGAACACAUCAACGAGCGCCAGGAACUGGAGCAGAACCAAAAUGAGCUCACCAGGGACCUCAAACUCAAGCAUCUGAUCAUCGAGAACUUCAUUUCCUUGGAGGACAAGAACAAAAUAGUCAACAGGGCUUACAUUGAUGAGGAAGACGAGUACUGGAAAAUAAAGCCCAUCACAAGAAUAGAGGACGACCACCAGAUGAUGACCAGGCCUUUGUCUGCAGUCGGCUACCGGAGGCCUCUCAGUCACCAUGCUCGUAUGGCCAUGAUGAUGAAACCUGACCUGAGAUACAAAGCUGAAAACAUCCUGAUGCUGGACAUGGACAUGCCGGCUCAGACCACUAAAGAAUACCAGGAGCCAGUCAUCACCCCAACGGUGGCGGCAGCUCUGGAGGAUGCUCUUAGGGAUGAGGAUGAGAUCCAAAUUGAUGCCUCUGGCUUUCACAGCAGUUUAGGACCAACACCACCAGCCAGCGCCAGCAGCAGCCUCAAAAAACCAAAGUCUUGUCGACCAAGAUCAGGCAAGAAGUUGAGCACUCCGACUUCUCCUUACAGCCCUUCCAGUCCAGGGUCUCCUCUUUACCCACAAUUCCGCGGCUUGAUCCCCAAGUGACGGUUUCUACCACUACUAUCACUACCACCAACUUCUCCUGUGCACCUUCCCGCUUUGGGACUCCACUUUGAGAGAAUGGGUUUUGUUUUGUUUGUCCAGCCUACAGAAUCUUGGAUUCUGCAAGCAAUAGAGAAAACUAAUCCUAAUGCUGCUUUGUGGGUUUUAACUGUAACAGCAACACUAUGAGCUGUUGUCAUGAGCUUUUCAUUAGAAGAUUUGUCAGUCAGUACAACACUAACACAGCAGCAGCGCUUGUAGCCUCAUGCACACCACUCUAAACUGCUGUGUAUCGCAUAUAUACAUCCCAGUGAUCUCUCUGUCUUCUUAGAUGUUUAUUGUAGUCCUCUCUCUUUCUGUGAUGUGGACAUUGUGACAUGACCCCAGGCAUUCUGCUGCACUUGUCACUAACAGGUUGCAUGCAUGUAAGUGUUUUUCAGUGUAUUGUUGUACAUCUGGAUGCAUAUCUUUGUGUGUGUGUGUGCGUGUGUUUACAUCACUGUCUUGAAAAGCUGUUUCCCCCUGCUUCCAGUAUUUAUGCUAAGUUAAUACAUGCUGGCUCUCGCUUCAUAUUUAGCAUACAGACAUUACAAUAACAAGUACAUACCUUUCCUAAAAUGUCAAACUAUUCUUUUAACUCUGUAUGAUUGUAAAUGUACAGGCCAGAAAGUAAAGCACAGUACAGACUUGGCCUCAGUUACAAGUUGCUGUAAUCAGUAGAUGCUGUUUUUGUUGGGGCACACGAGGCAGAGGUGGGGAACAAUGGCAGGGAAGGCGGCACAUUUACACAGUCAGCCACUAUUGAAACACUCAGACAUCCCAGUGGGAGAUCAGUGCUAACCACAUCCUGGGUCACCUAAAAGUAACUGUCCUGGAAGGUGCUUCAGAUUCUUCAGGGUUCCCAGGUGCCUUAACCUGUGUCCAGAGUCUCUGCUCCUUUGUCUAAAAUGCACACUCAUUCUUCUCAGCCAGUUCUUUAUCACUUCCCGCAGCUCAGCUAUUCCAGUAUCAGGGAACUGUUUACAACACGGUCCUGCCAUUCCUGUCACAAUGGGAUGCACUCUUUAGACAGAGAGGCAGAGCAUUUGGACACAGCAUUGAGCUAUUCUCAGUACUGUGUUGGUGCCACAAUACUCUGUCAGAACACUAUGGACUUGAAAGGAUCUGAUACACAGACCAUUCCAUUUGUUUGCCUACAGAUGAAUAAUAUGCAGCUUUAACCUCCCUGUUUACUGAUCUCUGUUCCCCAUGUUCCAACUGUGAUGAGUGCGCUGUCUGUUCGCUGCUACUGUGUAGGAUGUGAAACCCCACUGUGACUUUUCAACAGGCCUGGCUCAAAUGGCAAAUGAAAUCCUCUGAAACACUUGCGACAUGCAGUUGAUUGUUAAAUGGCAUCGACUGUCCAUGUCAGAUACUAAAACUAAAGGAUCUCUCUUGCUGUUUGACUCAUCCCUGCAAACC